ACUCCCGCUCUCUACAGCCUCACUCAUACUCUUCGCGUGCAAAAAAAAAACCCUUUUUAUUCCCUUUUCCAAGCGGGUUUCCGGUCGGUUUCCCGAUGACUUUCUCGGUCCCCGGACGGUGAAUCAGGUUUCCGGCGUCCGUGUAUACCCAGGGGUUUGCAGUAGAUUCUGAGAUCGAUAAUGGACGCCGAGAAUAAAGCUGAGGUUGCAGUUGCCAGACAGGGACCUAAGAUUGAUACUAAGAUAACGGAACAGGAUGUGCCUCCUCUGGCAGAUGGUACAAAUCGAAAAGUGAAUGCUCCUGUCACUGAUUCUGUUGCCGUUACUGUUACUGCUGCUAAUGGAUCUAGUGUAGUCUUUCCUCAACAAAUUGGUAAUUUUCAGGAAACUCUCCCAAACAACGAUGUUUAUGCAUAUUAUACGCCCGGGUACAACCCAUAUGUGUCUGGGCCGUAUGUGGGAUAUGAUGGACAAUCAUACUAUGCUCCAUCAUAUGGCCCUGAAGCUUGUUAUUCAUGGGAUCCGAUGUAUGCCACAAACUUAGCAAUGGUAAGCGGUAGUACCUCUGAAAACCUGAUGUUGGGACCCUAUGCUCCCGAAAACCCCGACAGCUCUACUCCUGUGAAGACAAAUGCAAAUGGUGCUGUCAAAGUUCCGCUUAAUUCUCAUGCACAAGCAUUUGAACCGCAAAAUAAGGGAAAACAUGCAGCAGGACAACUAAUAUUCGGCAACCAAAAUCAAAGUCAUAGCCCAUAUAGCGGUUUUAUGAACGGUAACGAAAACAGUAGUUCUUGGGUUCAUAGACACCGUUACAGGAAGCCUGGCAGAAAUGAAGUAUCUGAUGCUGCGGUUGAAUUAACCGUUGGUCCAAGGACCUACAUAAAGAAUCCUCCUUCCGAGUCAUCGGUCAAGAAAGACAGUCUCGUUGGACUGACAAUCCGUCGAGAUAUGUUCAACCUCCCUGAUUUUCAGACAGAGUAUGAGGAUGCCAAGUUUUAUGUCAUCAAGUCUUAUAGCGAAGAUGACAUUCACAAGAGUAUCAAAUAUUCUGUGUGGUCGAGUACACCAAAUGGCAAUAAGAAGCUCGAUGCUGCUUUCCGUGACGCCGAAGAAAAAUCAUGUGAGGACAACAAGAAGCGCCCGAUCUUCCUUUUCUUUUCGGUGAAUGCAAGUAGGCAAUUUGUUGGCUUAGCUGAGAUGGUCGGAUAUGUAGAUUUCAAUAAGAACUUAGACUUUUGGCAAGUCGAUAAGUGGUCCGGCUUUUUCCCAGUACAGUGGCACAUUAUCAAGGACAUUCCCAACAGUGAACUUCGCCAUAUCAUUCUCGACAACAAUGAUAACAAGCCAGUAACUCAUACCCGAGAUACUCAGGAGGUAAAACUGAAAGAAGGUCUCCAAAUGCUCGACAUAUUCAAGAAAUAUUCAGCUGAGAUGUCAUUGUUAGAUGACAUGGAUUUCUAUGAAGAACGGGAAAAGGCCCUCAAAGCCAAGAAGGCGAACAAACCCGCUACCCUGCGCAUGGACUUGUACAAAAACAUCGACUAUGAUUAUGAGAGCGGAGAAGACAGCAGGAGAAUGAAUGAAGGCAGAGAAGUUAAUUUGGGAUCGGAAAGCAGUGAUACAACACCGUCUUCUCUCAUCAAUCUCACCGAGAAUCUCUCGCUAACAGGCUGCUCGAGUUCAAAGAACAAUGGCAUGAAGAAUGAGGGCGAGACGGCUUGAGAAAUUUUGGGUCAUAGCUUCUUUUUCUGAGACAGUUUGAGUUCAUGUUUCUGGAUUCUGGUUUCUUGUUUUUGUCCUGUUCCUGUUUUCUGCAACUUCUUUCCCAGUGAUGUUGGUUUGGUUGGCUUGGGAGCCACAAAACUCAUUUUAUUUUACAAUAAAUGAAUAAAUGUUUCCCUAUGGGGGUUAUAAUUUCA